AACCAGCUGCGUUGAAAAUAUGGUGGUAUAACAUUAACAGAAGGUAGGUACAAAAACUGAAUAAACAAUUAAACGGCUCAUAAACAUAGGUAGUUCUCGCAUAUUUUUAAUUAUUGUUCGUCACUAAAAGUCGUAAGUUGUUAUAAUGUGAAAAAACCUUAAGUUUUCUCAAAAAAUGUCAUCAAGGUUAUUUAAGUCUAAUGUCAUACUUUUAGUUCUAUAUAUCGGUAUGACUUUUUUCCAUAAUUCGUCACAAAAAAAUGAUGGAGGAGUUUUAUCAAAAAUUAAAGCUGUGCUUCCUUCUAGAUGUUUUAGUAGUCCAAAGGGUGGCAAACCGAAAGAGAACGUUGAAGAAAAACAUAGGAAUCACCGAGUCAAUUAUCCUCCAACUGGAGGAGCUACAUCAAAUUCACACUCACACUCACAGGACCAUGACAAUGGCCACAACGAAAGCGGAAGCGACGGUGGCUUAGGCACUGCCGCCGCUGCUGGUUAUGUCAGCAGCUAUGAUGCCGGCGGCUACGGCCACGGUGGUGGCGGUGAUAGUGGCGGUGGCGGUUUCGGUGGUGGUGAAGGUGGUGGUGGCGGUGGCGGCGAAGGUUAAUAUACAUUUAAAAAAUAUCAUACGGGUAUAUUAUAAAGUUCAUAAAGUUUCUCCAGAUUUCAUUAUAUCUCUAAUUUUAUUAUUAUACUAACUUUAAAAAAGUAAUUUCAUAUGUUAUAUAAUUUUACAGUUAAUAAUUUACUGUUAAUUUAACUUACUUAAUAUUA